UCGCAAGACGACACACCAACCGAUCAUGAGAGCUCAGCGACCAGUGGUGAUAAUGGCUGCCAUGAUGGCCGUGAUGUCCGUGGCAGCGGCUGGUGGUGGAGGCGGAUAUGGCGGCAGUGGAGGAGGUGGAUUUGGCGGAGGACAUGGAGGUGGUGGAUUCGGAGGUGGUGGAUUUGGUGGAGGAAACGUCGGUGGUUUUGGCGGGGGACACGGCAGCGGUUUUGGAGGUAGCAGCUCCGGAGGCUACGGCGGAAGCAGCGGAGGCGGAAGUGUAUCCGCAGGAGUCUUGGUUGGCAGCGGGUCCCUUCCGAGCGGCGGCGGAGGCGGAUACGGAGGCGCAAGCGGAGGCGGCUUCGGAGGUGGAAGUGGGAGCGGUUUCGGAGGCAGCUUCGGAGGCGGACAUGGAGGCAGCUUCGGCGGUGGAAAUGGAGGCGGUUUCGGAGGUGGCUUUGGGGGCGUCGGAGGUGGUCACGGAGGCAGCUUCGGAGGUGGAAAUGGAGGCGGUUUUGGUGGCGGAAGUGGAAGCAGCGGCUACGGGAAAUAAACUGAUUACAUAAAUUAAA